AUGAAUUCCGACAAGCGAAACGCUGGAAUCCCUGGAAGUAACCACUUGGUUGAUACAUUGAAGCUAUGUGAAAACAUUCUUGAUCGAUACCAACGAAGCAAAAUACAGCUGAAUGAAAUAGAAGAAAGUGCCUUUGGGCGAGUCCAAAGCAAAAUGAGAGCAAUGCAGUGCGCAUUGACCUUACCAACUCCGAAACAAAAUGCAGCCGCAGAAGUGCUUAACGUUUUCCCAAGGACCCUUGAGUCUACAUCGAUGUUGUCUGAUACGCUCCAAUUCAUUGAAAAAGUUUUCGAUGCUUCUGUGACCAUGGAGGAGACCCUAAAGGUAAUAAAUGGCGAAAUUUCCACGAGGUUUGGUGUGAAGUCGCGGACUUAUUAUGUCAAUGCUGAUGAUGCACUACUCUGUGACCCGAUUAGCCACAGUGCCGCCCCACUGGAUGAUACCACCGCGGUGGGCAAGAGUGUUAGCAUAAUGCGUCCAUAUGAACUUGCUAAUGCCAUGUACAUACCGCUGGUUGUCGAUGGUGCUUUGGUUGGUUGCAUUGAAUCCCCUGGGUGCAGUCUGAAGAGUAUCGAUAUUUCAUCCAUGACAUUCAUGCUACGCAUCGUUGCAGUUGCGCUCCGAAACGCUAUCCAAGCAAGUCGACUACAUUGGGAAACUCAAAAGGCUGAGGCAAUGGUGACCAUGGCGACGCGCCUCGCUCGAGACAUGCUAGAUGAAACUGUGUUGGUGCAAUCGAUCAUGAGCACAGCGAAGGAGUUGACCGAGAGUGACCGCUGUAGUGUAUUUUUAGUCAAGGAAAACGGCACGCUUGAGGCACACUUUGAGGAUGGGAGUAUUGUGGGAAUGCCAGCCAACGCUGGUAUCGCUGGAUAUGUUGCACACACUGGGAACAUUGUCAACAUACCGAAUGCGUACGAAGAUAGUCGUUUUAAUCCCGAGGUUGACAAAUCGACUGGUUAUCACACCAAGACAAUUCUGUGCCUGCCGAUCAUGCAUGAAGGCUCUAUUGUGGCGGUGGCACAGCUCAUUAAUAAGUUGGAUUUUGUCACGGACAGCGGGCUGCAUCUACAGCGCACCUUUGGGCAGCGCGACGAAGAGUUGUUUGAAACGUUUUCUAUGUUUGCGGCUGCCUCGCUGCGCAACUGUCGCACCAAUGAGGACUUGUUGAACGAGAAGAAGAAAACUGACGCCAUCCUCGAUGUGGUGACGCUUCUUUCGAACACAGACAUUCGUGAUGUGGACAGCAUUGUGCGACACGUUCUGCGCGGUGCGAAGAAGUUGCUCAGUGCGGACCGUUCCUCCCUGUUUCUACUUGACAAGGAGCAUAAUGAGCUAUACAGUCGUAUCGCGGACAGCGUGAGUGGCGGUGAGAUUCGCUUUUCAACGGGACAGGGUAUCGCAGGUAAGGUAGCAGCGACGGGUGUAGGUGAGAAUAUUGUGGAUGCAUAUCGCGAUAAUCGCUUUAACCGCGCUGUAGACAAGAGGCUCGGGUACCGCACGCGAUCCAUACUUUGCGAGCCCAUCAUUCUCAAUGGCGAGGUGCUUGCCGUGGUGCAGUUAGUCAACAAGCUGACUGAGGACGGGCAGGUUACGUCCUUUUUCGAGGAAGACCGGAAUACCUUCAAGAUAUUUUCUCUCUUCGCGGGUAUUUCUAUUAACAACUCACAUUUGCUGGAGUUUGCCGUCAAUGCGGGUCGGGAGGCUGUGAAAUUAAAUGCAUUACGCUCUGGCAUGCCAAUCAUGGUCGACAAGGUCAGCUUGCUCUCCAUCACUAAUGAAGAGCGCGCGCUUGUAUUGGAGGAGGUAGUUGUGCAUAAUUACGACCUUGCCUCAAUCGAUUUUAACCUCUUUGCAGUGCGCGAGGUGGCCACAAACCCCCUAAACGCGGCUGCUUUUGUUGCGUACAGACUCAUUCUGAGUACUGGCUUGACACAGAAAUUUAAUUGCCGCGACGAGACUCUGCUGAACUUCAUCUUGCAGUGUCGCAGGAAAUACCGCAACGUUCCCUACCAUAACUUCUUCCAUGUUGUGGAUGCAUGUCAGACAAUGCACACAUACUUGUAUGCAGGUCGCUCGUGUGACUUUCUGACGGAGUUGGAGUGCUUCGUGCUCCUUAUUACCACAUUGGUUCAUGACCUCGACCACAUGGGCCUUAACAAUAGUUUUUAUCUGAAAACAGACUCACCACUUGGUAUUCUGUCAAGUGCCAGCGGCAACACAUCGGUGUUAGAGGUGCACCACUGUAAUCUCGCCGUGGAGAUUCUCUCCAAUUCUGAGUGUGACGUGUUUGAAGGUCUGCAGCAGAAUGAGUUGAACCUCGCGUAUCGCUCCAUGAUCGACUGCGUGUUGGCAACUGAUAUGGCGAAGCACGGAGAGGAGGUGAGUCAAUUCGUGAAGCUGUUGUCAAACGGUUUUAACCGUGAUGAUGAGCGCCACCGUCGGAAGCUAAUGGAAAUGCUAAUGAAGGCUGCCGAUAUAUCGAACGUUACAAAACCUUUUGAGAUCUCGCGGUUGUGGGCGAUGACGGUGACGGAGGAGUUCUACCGCCAGGGUGACGUGGAGAAGGAGAAGGGGGUGGAGGUGCUUCCCAUGUUCGAUCGCACUCUAAGCACUGAGCUAGCCAAGGGGCAAAUCGGCUUCAUCGACUUUGUAUCGGCCAAUUUCUUCAAAACCAUUGUGUCAAUGUUGUGUCAUGACAUGCAAUGGUGUGUGGAUCGUAUUAACAGCAACUGUGAGAUUUACAAAAAUCUUUGA